ACGCAGGCGCGUCUCCACAGUGCAGUCCCUGCCCCCCUCCUCUUUCUCAUUCUGUUCCCCCUCCUCUUCCAGCAGCUCCGCAGGUUCACACUCUUCUCCGGGAGAGUGCGGGCGAUCGCGGGGUCACGUGAUGAGCAUCCUGCUGCCCAACAUGGCGGAGUUCGACACCAUCUCGGAACUGGAGGAGGAGGAAGAAGAAGCCGCAACGUCGUCGUCGUCGUCGUCGUCGCCGUCGUCGUCGUCGGUCUCUGGGCCCGACGAUGACGAGGAAGAUGAGGAGGAGGAAGACGAGGAGGAGGAAGAAGAAGAGGAGGAGGAGGAGGAGGAGGAGGAGGAAGAAGAGGCGCCGCCCCCGCCUCGGGUAGUGAGUGAAGAGCAUCUGCGGAGAUAUGCCCCCGACCCUGUGUUGGUGCGGGGCGCCGGCCACAUCACUGUGUUUGGCUUGAGCAACAAGUUUGAUACUGAAUUUCCCUCAGUUCUAACAGGGAAGGUGGCCCCAGAAGAAUUUAAGACCAGCAUUGGCCGUGUGAAUGCAUGUUUGAAAAAGGCUCUCCCAGUCAAUGUGAAAUGGCUGCUGUGUGGAUGUCUCUGCUGCUGUUGCACACUGGGUUGCAGCCUGUGGCCUGUUAUUUGCCUCAACAAAAGAACCAGAAGAUCAAUUCAGAAGUUACUAGAAUGGGAAAAUAACAGAUUAUAUCACAAGCUUGCUUUGCACUGGAAGUUGACUAAAAGGAAAUGUGAAACGAGCAAUAUGAUGGAGUAUGUAAUUCUAAUAGAGUUCUUACCAAAAUACCCCAUAUUCCGACCUGACUGAGGAGUUUUAUUCAGUCACUUCUGUGUUUCCUGUCAUUUCCUACCCUUAGUGCCUUGUAGAUGAUUUUGGAAUGAAGAUGGUCUCCUUUGCUGUGUUCAACUUAUUCCUUAUAAUGGUAGAAUAUUCUCCUCACUCUUUUAUUUGUGUUGGUUUAAGAAGAAAAUUUGCACAUCUUUUUUGUUCUUAAAUGAAGCUUGUGUUUUGCACUUUCAAUUUUUACUUACUACACACAUAUAUAUACAUAUAUGCAUAUAUGUAUAUAUAUAUAUAUAGUUGCCACAAAAAGGAAACAUCAGUGAUGGUGUUUUAAAAAAACAAAACCUUGUUCUGAGCAUGCUGCCUUAUAAUUUUCAUACUCACUGUUUCUAAUUAUGCAUCAUUUUUUCUAGGUUAUUUAAUGCUCUGUAAUUCCUUACUAAACACACUUAAAUAAAGCUUUUGGUAGCUUUUAGAAAUGGUUUUAUUCUGCUUUUAAAGGACAUGCAAUUAAUAGCACUGGUUUUGUCCUGCACUUUGCUUAAUUAUCACUUAUGUUAGUGGAUAAAUAUUUAAACUCCUAAAGCCUUGUAAAUAUUGUCUCUUUGCAUAAUGUAAAAUGUGGUAUGCCUUGGUUUACAGAAUGUAAUAUUAAUCUUACUGUAUUGCCAACAAUUCUGCAUAGAUUUUAAUAUGAGUGAAGUUUGCAAGCAUCCUUUUGAAUGUAGAGACUUAUUAACAUGCUAUUUAUGGUACAGCCAUACAAGUAUGUUAAAUUUUCAGGUGUAGGGCAUGGUUGCCCUUUGUAACAAGUGGAUUCAAAUUGAAAUCAUUAUCAAGCUCAAACAUUGUUCAUUGCACCUGGAACCAAGAUCCUUAUUUUUCCCCAUUUAAUUCAAUACUUCCCAUUUUAUCCUCCCCCCACCUUCAAAAGACUUUAUUUGAUAUCUGACACAUGUCCUAGCUUACUCUCCUGCAUUUCUUUUCUUUUGUAUAUUCUUUCCCUCCUUUAAAAAAAACUCCAAAAUUUUCCCCAUUAAGUAUUUUGAGAUUUCAUGUCUUGGGAGGUAGCUAGACUCCUGUGAAAGCCACUGCUAACCCUUUUCUAGAGUUCAGUUAUUCUGCUUUGGGAAAGAGAUAAUUGAGAAAUUAUAACUAAAAUCUAUAGUGGCCAAAUCAUACUUGACAAAAUAUUCUCUUCUUUUGGAGGAUCUUUUUUUAAACAUUUGGAAAUUAUUGAGGAAAGACAAGUAUUUAGACAAAAAAUGUUUUCAUUUGAAAUUUUACCACAAAUGUAGCCCUCUAAUUGGCAUUCCAUAGAUUACCACACUCAGUUGAAUUUUUUAAUUUCAGCAAAGCAACAGCUUUAUAUCACAGUAAUUCAACUGCACAGGUAUGCCUGUAUGUAGGCAUUGUUCGUUAACUCAUAGCACUGAAAAUAAAUGUCAAGUGAAGGGACUGAAUUAUAUUCUUGUCAUCUUGCUGCUGUUGUUUUAGUAAGCUUUUUAGGCACUCCCUCAUCCCAGCGGAAAAAACAAUCAUUUCUUCAUACAAGGUGAAGUCACCUUUAAAGUGUAUGCCUAACCUGAGAACUGUUGUCUUUGACUAGUAGAAGAGGGAAGAAAGAUGCGCUAAUUGAUAUGUGAUUAUAAUUGUUUGCACAAACACUACCACUUCCCUCUGUGGAACCCCAUUCCCCCAUGCUACCCCACCAUCCGAAAUAUGUUGUGUCUGCCUACUGUAAACUGGAAGAUGUAUUUUUAUAUAGACCAUGUGGAAACUGAAAGUGCAUAUCCAAUGUCUUGUUUUAUAACUAAGAUCAUGGGAAAAUGGUAUCUAUGGUGUAUGUUCCAACUAUUGUGAUCAGAUUUAUGCUUCAAACUGUGACAUUUUAAUACCAAAACUGAUUUUCAUCAUAAUACAGACUUCAUUCUCACUAGUACAAUCAUUGCUUUUUAAGUGUCAACCCUUAAAAAUCAUGUCAUUUUUCUGUAUCCUUAGAAAUUGACCAUAUGGUAUUACAGUAACUUUUCUGCCAUGUAUAAAUCACACUUAGUUUUGCUUAAAGAAAAAAAGCAGGAAAUAUAGUGAUUGUUUCCACGAAACAAGUAUUAAGAGAGAAAUAGAGUGUAUAAUCAAAGUCACAAUAAUGUUUGUCAUAAACCAAAAAAAGUUCGCCAGCAUGUGUAAACUUAAUUUUAACUAAUUGCUCUUAAAUUUAUUAUCUUUGUUGUUCAUUUUGCUGUUUGACUAAUCUCAGUUUUUUGAAACUACCUAGUAAACAACUAAUUUUCUUUUUCCUUCCUUAUGUGACUGCUUUUUCAACCAGUUUUCCCUUUUUUUGGAAGCUCAUUAGAAGUUGAGUGUUUUGAAGGGAUUAUUUCCUUUUCAUUGAAAUUGGCAGUAGCAAAUGCUGAAAUGACAGAGUAUACUGUGGUGAUUAAUUCCUCCCCCACUGAACCUUGCUUCUUUAAUCCUCAGGAUACCCCAUACUUGUAUUUUUCCAUUAAGUUAGUAUUUUUGUGAAAGUUAUUAUCAGAUUGCAGGCAUUCUUUUUUAAUUUCUUUGUUACAUAAUAUUUUUAUGAAAUCUGCCAUGUUAGUUUUUGGAGAAAAAUAGCAUGUAUUUGCCAAAGUAUAUAAAUCUCAACUAAGCUUUGAGGUUAUAAUUUCA